AUGAGAGGAGGAGAGGGAGGAGCGAGCAUCCCCGGGCAGACCUCGUGUGUCGGGCGGAUAAAGCGUCGGAGUGGACAUAGGCGCGAAAGCACAGAGGCAGGACAUCUGUGUGAAUGCCAGGCAGACCACAACCACCAAACACCACAGCCGAGCAGCAGCAGAAGCGCAGCCAUGGAGGUCUCUGAGGGAAAACUGGUGAAGAAGGGCUCCAUUAAGAAGAAGAUUGAGUCCUUCCGACGAUGGAGUUCUGCGAGUUUGAAGAGACCCCCCAGAACCAAAGCCAAGACCAUGAGCCUGUCUUCUCCAGUGGGGGACCCGGAGGAGCUGUGGCUGCAGGAGGGGGAUGGCAAGAAGCUCCGGCCCAUCGUUGACUCUGUUUUUGGACAAGAUCGGGAUCUACGGCCAGAGGAGAUGGAAGAGCUGCGUGAGGCGUUCAGGGAGUUCGACAAAGACAAAGACGGCUUCAUCAGCUGUAAGGACCUGGGCGAGUGCAUGAGGACGAUGGGGUACAUGCCCACGGAGAUGGAGCUGAUCGAGCUGAGCCAACAGAUCUGUGGGGGCAGGGUGGACUUUGAGGACUUUGUUGAGCUGAUGGGUCCAAAGAUGUUAGCCGAGACCGCGGAUAUGAUCGGAGUGAAGGAGCUCCGGGAUGCCUUCAAAGAGUUUGACUCAGACGGUGACGGUCAGAUCAGUCUGGGGGAGCUGCGGGAGGCCAUGAAGAAGCUGAUGGGAGAACAGCUGCAUCACCGCGAGAUCGACGAAAUCCUCAGGGACGUGGACCUCAAUGGGGACGGAGAGGUGGACUUUGAAGAGUUUGUGCGAAUGAUGUCUCGCUGA